GUGAUUCAUGAGGCAGUGCAGUUGUUUCUCGAAGCGGGUGUAUUUGCAGGCUAAGCUUUUGUAGAAUUCACCGAAAACAAGAAUAGUUAAGAAAUGGCAGCGAUAAGUCUUUUGAAUCCCAAAGCUGAGUUUGCUCGAGCUGCUCAAGCUCUUGCAGUAAAUAUAUCAGCAGCAAAGGGCAUCCAAGAUGUGAUGAGAACAAACUUGGGGCCUAAGGGGACCAUGAAAAUGCUGGUAUCUGGAGCUGGUGAUAUCAAAAUCACAAAAGAUGGUAAUGUCCUUUUGCACGAGAUGCAAAUCCAGCACCCUACAGCCUCACUCAUUGCUCGUGCAUCAACUGCCCAGGAUGAUAUGACCGGUGAUGGAACAACUAGCACUGUUCUGGUUAUCGGAGAGCUUCUAAAGCAGGCUGAUCUCUAUAUUUCUGAGGGUCUUCACCCUAGAAUGCUUACAGAAGGAUUCGAACUGGCCAGGGCUAAAACAAUCGAAAUUCUUGACUCACUAAAAAUUCCAAUUGAACCCACCAAGGAAGGCCUUCUGGAUAUAGCGAGGACUUCGCUAAUGACGAAAAUUCAUCCUACUAUUGCUGAAAAGCUUUCACAUGUUUGCGUUGAUGCUGUAUUGACCAUUAGACAGGGUGAACAACCGAUUGAUUUACAUAUGAUUGAGAUAAUGGAAAUGCAGCACCGAACUGCAGCUGAUACUACUCUCGUUCGAGGCAUUGUUAUGGAUCACGGAUCCAGACAUCCCGAUAUGCCUAAACGAGUCGAGAAUGCUUACAUUCUCACUUGCAAUGUCAGCUUAGAAUAUGAAAAAAGCGAGGUGAAUAGUGGAUUUUUCUAUAAAACAGCAGAAGAGCGGGAGAAACUUUUGGCAGCAGAACGUGAAUUCAUUGAGAAUCGUGUCAAGAAAAUUAUUGAUUUGAAGAAAAAACUUUGUGAUGGUACUAACAAGUCAUUUGUUAUACUAAAUCAAAAAGGAAUCGACCCACCUUCUCUUGACAUGCUUGCUAAAGAAAACAUUAUUGCAUUACGUCGUGCUAAGCGCAGAAAUAUGGAGCGUUUGGCACUUGCUUGUGGUGGAGCUGCUAUGAACUCCGUCGAUGAUCUAGUAGAAGAAAAUCUAGGGUGGGCUGGUCUGGUUUACGAGCACGUGUUGGGUGAGACAAAGUACACUUUUGUGGAAGAAUGCAAGAAGCCCACGUCUGUAACAAUUCUCCUUAAAGGCCCGAAUAAGUACACAAUUGCGCAGCUGAAGGAUGCAGUUCGUGAUGGUCUCAGAGCAAUCAACAAUGCUAUUAAUGAUCGGGCUGUUGUUCCUGGCGCUGGGGCAGUGGAAGUAGCUGCAAGUAGGGCACUUCAUGCUUACAAAGAGCAAGUUAAAGGCAAGCAACGUCUCGGCGUACAGGCAUAUGCAGAGGCACUGCUGGUCAUCCCUAAGACUCUAGCUAUAAACAGUGGAUUUGAUGCGCAAGACAGUAUUGUAAAGCUAUUAGAUGAAUCGACAGCCUUAGGGGAAGCUGUUGGUCUGGAUGUUUCGACUGGCGAAGCUCUUAAACCAGCUGAUGCAGGAAUAUAUGAUAAUUAUGUUGUAAAAAAGCAAAUUAUCAAUUCCUGUACCGUAAUCGCCAGCAAUCUCCUUCUGGUUGACGAAAUAAUGAGAGCGGGGAUGUCUUCGCUCAAAGGAUAAGAGACACUAUAUUCUUUAAGACUUGAAUAUUUAUACAUUUAAUCACACCAGCUUACGAAAGUUGAACUUAUCGUUCAGUUCACAUUCAAUUUUUAUCCAGUUCACACGCAUUUUGGUAUACCGAAUUUAAGCGCAGUAUAACAAUUUGUUACUAAUUAUGCUUGCGAUCAAUGAGUUAAUAUUUCUUA